AUGGCACAACCCGAAUGGCAUAGGUAUUUUGACGACAACGAUGUUGAUGAUUGGAGCGUCCUCGGUUUUCAUGAAACGUGGAUACGUGAAAAUAAAGACGAUCUAAAAAAGCUAAACUAUCAAAAAGCAAAUGAUAGAAUCACAAAAAGUCUACGUUCUCUUAUUAGCGAUUGUAAAGAUGAAAUGAAGACGCAGAAGGCUGCGAAACUUCUAGCGAAUAAGGCAAGUACAUCAAGUACUUUUUAUAAUAGAGUCAGUGAAGAUGGCAAACGUACUCACGGAAGUGAACUUGACGAAUUGUGGACUUUUAUAGAUUAUCAAAGAUUGGCACAAGCGAAAUUGAAUUAUGAACAAUUUGAUAAUAUCACAAAAUAUUCACACGCUUUGACUGGUGUUGCAAUGAGAAACUUAAACACCCUUAUACCAUCAACGUUACCAUGUAAACGGCCAUUUGAAGAUCUCGAGUCAGAAACAAUAAAUUUAGCACAGGUUAUAGGACAAGGAUCAAAUAUAGCUUUUAAUUCGCAACCAAAGGGAAUGAAGACACCACCAUCCAGGCCUCCAAACGUAGAUACUCUUCUUUCUACUCCGGAUAAUUAUCUUGAUGCAAUGGGACAGUCGUUGAAAUACAACCAUAGUUGCGUUCCGACACCACCUAUAUGGGCUAAUAUAGAGAGUUAUCUUGAAAAUGGUUUAAAGAAGUCGGGGAGAGAUUUUAAGAAGGCUAUCAUGCAAGAAAUUGAGGGAGUUGAUGAGAGGAUGUUUCGUCUAUACUGUGAAAAAAUACUGAUCGAUUUAAAAAUCGGGGAGAGAAAAUAUAUUGUGCAGAAUCUCUCUUCGCUUUUCAAAUUUUAUGAAACAACAUUUGGAAAUAUAACCUUUGAUUGGAUCGAAUCUCAUUCCCGAUCAGCCAAAUUGACAAAAUCACAAACAAGCUCUGGAAUUGUUAAUGAUAUCUUGAAUCUGAUUGCAAUUUUGCUCGAACACUUGAAUAUUUCUAUAAAGACUGCUACAAACAUAAAAGUAUUCAGUUUGCAAGCCAUCGGUUGUCGAAUUACACUGUAUUCUCUUAGCGUAACUGAAGGCGGUUCCUUUUUGUCAUCCGAACUAGCCUCUGCCAUAAUUCCUUUUUCAUUCGAAGCUAGAUCAAAAUACAAAUCAGUUCUUUAUCUUAUGGCAAUUUUUCACGUAAGUAAUUAUGCAGAUAUUUAUUUUAUUCAGGAUGAAUUUAUAAAACAACUUUCAAUCAUGCAAGAACUUGAUUUUGACGUAACCAUAAUGAAGGAGCUACAGUUCGGGAUGUUUUAA